AAAAAAAAAAAAAAAAAAAAAAGAAAAGUUAAGGAGAAAAUAAUCAUCAUCAUCAUGAAACACCCUCUGCACCCUGCACUCUCUAAAACCUUUUCUCUCCUCCAUCAAAACCUCCCUUCCCUUAAAUCUACGUCUCUCACCUCCAUUUACCCCUUCAUCCCUCAUCCCCACAUUUCCAUCACCAUGAAACCUCCUUUUCUUUUCUUUCUAACAUUCUCUUUCUUAUCCUUUCUUCUCUCUGUUACCUCCCAGUCUCCUCCCCAAUUACUCUCUCUUCUCUCCCUCAAAUCCUCUCUUUUAGACCCUCUCUCCACACUCCAUGACUGGCUCCUCCCCGACCCAAACUCUCAAUACCCUGUCUGGUGUUCCUGGUCUGGAGUCCAGUGUAACCCCAAAACCAAUCAAAUUACGUCCCUUGACCUCUCUCGCCGCAAUCUUUCUGGCUUUAUUCCUCCUGAAAUCCGAUACUUAACGACCUUGGAAGAGUUGGAUUUAAGUGACAAUUCAUUUGAUGGGCCUCUGCAGCCUGCCAUCUUUGAGCUCACUCAGCUUAGGACUCUUGACAUUAGCCACAAUUCCUUCAAUUCUACUUUUCCUCCCGGCAUAUCAAAGCUCAGGUUCUUGACGAUCUUCAAUGCGUACAGCAACAAUUUCAAAGGCCCGUUACCGCAAGAAUUCAUCCGCCUCCGCUUCCUCGAACAGCUCAACCUCGGAGGAAGCUACUUCGAAGGACCCAUUCCCGUCGGUUAUGGAAGUUUCCCGAGAUUGAAGUUUCUGCACUUGGCCGGUAAUUCACUUGAAGGACCUGUACCCGCCCAGUUAGGAUUCUUGACACAGUUGGAGCGCAUAGAGAUUGGAUACAACAAAUUCUCCGGCAACCUACCAGUACAAAUCUCAUUGCUCUCGAAUCUCAACUACUUAGACAUCUCAUCUUCUAAUCUCUCUGGUUCUCUCACGCCGGAGCUGGGCAACCUAACCAAGUUGGAAGCCCUGUAUCUGUUCAAGAACAAUUUCUCCGGUGAAAUUCCUGUGAGUUACACCAACCUAAAAGCUCUCCAGUACCUAGAUUUAUCUGAUAAUCAGCUUUCAGGGACAAUCCCAGAAGGAAUAUCCUUACUAAAAGAGCUCACAUGGCUGAGCUUGAUAGGCAACAAGCUCACCGGAACCAUACCAGAAGGAAUCGGUGACUUGCCAAACCUCACCACUCUGUCUCUCUGGAACAACAACCUUACGGGAAUCCUCCCAAAGAAGCUGGGUUUAAAUGGGAACUUGUUGUCGUUGGAUGUGUCGACGAACUCGCUCACGGGUCCAAUCCCGCCAAGUCUUUGCCAUGGAAAUAAGCUUUUCAAGCUCAUUCUCUUCUCCAACAAGUUCACGGACCAGCUUCCAAAAAGUCUAAUCAACUGCACAUCAUUGUCGAGGUUUCGAAUCCAGAACAACAAUCUAAACGGCAGCAUCCCGUACGGCUUCGGCCGGUUACGCAACCUAACCUUCGUCGAUUUCAGCGACAACAACUUCAAUGGCGAAAUCCCUUCUGAUAUCGGAAACGCGCCGGUGCUUCAGUUCCUCAAUAUUUCCCAGAACUCAUUCAACUCCUCAUUGCCUUCUAACAUAUGGGAAGCCCCCAGUCUGCAGAUUUUCUCAGCCAGUUCUAGCAACCUGUCUGGGAAAAUCCCGGAUUUUAUCGGGUGUAGAAACUUGUACAAGAUCGAAUUGCAAGACAACAACCUAAACGGCAGCGUUCCAUGGGAUGUCGGCCAUUGUGAGAAGCUGCUCUGUCUAAAUCUCAGCCGGAACUCCCUCACCGGCAUAAUUCCCUGGGAGAUAUCAACGCUUCCUUCCAUCACAGCCGUUGAUCUCUCCCGCAACUUCCUCACCGGUUCAAUCCCCUCCAACUUUGGCAACUGCAGCACGCUCGAAAUUUUCAACGUAUCCUACAAUUUACUCACCGGACCAAUUCCCGCCUCCGGUUCAAUAUUCCCGAACCUGCAUCCAUCUUCGUUUUCAGGAAACGAAGGGCUCUGCGGCGGGAUAUUAUCGAAGCCGUGUCCGGCAGAUAGCCUCGCCGCCGGGGAAGUCGAGGUCCGCGGCCAUCACCAGCAACCAAAGAAGACAGCCGGAGCCAUCGUCUGGAUAAUGGCGGCCGCUUUUGGUAUCGGCCUUUUUGUACUCGUGGCUGGGACCCGGUGCUUCCACGCGAAUUACAGCCGUCGAUUUAGCGAGGAGCGGGAAAUCGGACCGUGGAAAUUAACCGCCUUCCAGCGGUUAAAUUUCACGGCUGAUGAUGUUCUGGAGUGUCUUUCCAUGAGCGAUAAGAUAAUAGGAAUGGGGUCCACAGGAACAGUGUACAAAGCGGAAAUGCCAGGUGGCGAAAUCAUAGCGGUGAAGAAACUGUGGGGUAAACACAAGGAUAGUAACAUCAGACGGCGGAGAGGGGUUCUAGCGGAGGUGGAGGUGUUGGGUAAUGUCAGACACCGUAACAUAGUGAGAUUGUUAGGGUGCUGCAGCAACAGGGAUUUCACGAUGCUGCUGUACGAGUACAUGCCAAAUGGGAAUUUGGAUGAUCUGCUGCACGGCAAGAAUAAGGGGGAGAACUUAGUAGCGGACUGGGUGACCCGAUACAAGAUCGCUCUCGGCGUCGCUCAGGGUAUUUGCUAUCUUCACCACGACUGUGACCCGGUUAUCGUUCACCGGGAUCUGAAACCGAGUAACAUAUUAUUGGACGGUGAGAUGGAGGCCAGAGUGGCAGAUUUUGGAGUGGCCAAGUUGAUCCAGAGCGAUGAGUCAAUGUCUGUGAUUGCUGGAUCCUACGGCUACAUCGCUCCAGAGUAUGCUUACACCCUCCAAGUCGACGAAAAGAGCGAUAUUUACAGCUUCGGAGUUGUUCUAAUGGAGAUUAUAAGCGGGAAAAGAUCAGUAGACGCAGAAUUUGGCGAUGGCAACAGCAUUGUCGAUUGGGUAAGGUCUAAGAUCAAAACUAAAAAUGGAAUUAUUGAUAUUUUAGACAAGAAUGCGGGUGCCUCGUGUUCGUCGGUGAGAGAAGAGAUGAUGCAAAUGUUGCGGAUUGCAUUGUUAUGCACUAGUCGGAAUCCGGCAGACCGACCUUCGAUGAGGGAUGUGGUGUUGAUGAUGCAAGAGGCUAAACCGAAGAGGAAAUUGGCAGGGAGUGUAGUAAGUAAUGGUAAUAGUAUUAGUGUGGUUGGUGUUGAGAAUGGUUGUGAUCAUGCUAGUAAUUUAGCACAGAAGGCUACAGUGGAAUGUUAAUAUAAUUCAUUUUACUGCUUUCUUUUUUUUUAGAUUUUAAUUCAAAAAUCUUUUGGUCUGUUUUUUGGGUUUUUUUUUUUAAUUUUUUUGUAAAAGAAAUUAAAUGGGGGAAUUGGUAUAGGAAGUGAUUUUCUUCUAUUUCGGUUGAAUGCUAAGGUAUUCUCUCUUGUUCUA